AUGGUAGUUGCUCUUUUAUUGGAACCAGAAGAAAUUAAACAAGGUGAAAAAACAACAAAUUCUAUUCUCGAUCAAAUUUUCGAUUUGACAAUUGCAGCAUCCAAAACAGCCACAUUAAGAACGGACAACUUUCACAUAUCAGAAUACUUGGUGGUACUAACAAAAUUAUUUGUUAAUGAUGACGUUGUUGAUUACAUUUUAAAACAUGCACAAGUGAAAAACUUUAUUCAGUCUCAAUCACGAGUGCAAUUCUUUUGUAAUCUUUUAGUAAGUGUCACGGCAUACGAUCAGAGUGAUGUACUCUUACGUUUAACAUGCAUUACGUUGUUCAAUAUUUUGUGGAGUACUUCGUUUAAUGAUAAAUAUAAAACAGAACUGAAGGAGAAUGAAAGGUUCGUCAAUUUAGUCAAAUCGACAGCGGACAAAGAGGACACUUUAGUAGAAAAUGACUUUCAGAAACAUUUGUCGAGUAUCAAAAAAGCGGCUGACGGUAUAUUAUUCAAUCUAAGUCUCGAAAAUAUCACAAAAACAGUAAAGUCAAACGUUACCGCGAAUACUACAUUCUUUAUGAUCAGUUAUUCUCAUGCUGAUACAGCAUUUUGCAAACAGUUAACCAAUGCACUGCAGCAGACAUCAAUGCACAAUAGUUUUUGGGUGGAUUUUUUAAAUAUAAAAAAUAGGCAUGGAAAUGAAGAAGCACAUACAGAUGAUUUGUGGGAAGAAAUUGCGGAGGCCAUUGAAAAAGCAAGUGCCAUCAUUUUACUUGUAUCCAAAAAUUAUUAUGAUAGUAAAUCGUGUCGCCAAGAGCUCGCAUAUGCCAAAGAUAUGCAGAAAAAACGUAUAAUACCGAUUUUUGUACAGAAAGACUACAAGCCAACAGGUUGGUUGGGUAUCAGGGUCGCUGGUUUAGCCUACAUCGAUUUCAAUAAGAAGCUAUUCAACGACGCACUUAAGGAACUAUACGAUUCUCUGAGCAUAAAAUCUCAAGAGUUAUCAUCCUCGAACGAUGAGGGCAAAGAUCACAAGGCCACUGAAACAGCACAAAAGCAGCUGUUCAGUUCCACAGCACUAGACAAGCCGACAGCUCAAUGGUCUUCAGAUGCUGUGAAUUUCUGGUUUGAGGAAAACCGAAUUGAUUUACAGCUGAGAGCAUUAUUAGAUUUUCAAAACGGUGAGGAACUGCUCGUUUAUGCUGAGGAAUUAAAAUCAAAUUUCGAUAGAGAACAACGCGACACUCGAGCUCGAUUUGAAAAACAGUAUGGCGUACCACUGAAUACUGUUCAAUUCAUCCGAUUUAAACAGGCAUUAUAUCGUCUACAUGGUGAACAGCAUCCGGCAGAACAAAAAAUCGAGGCUUCAAAUCCUCCCGUAUCAUUCAUUUGCUCUAUCAUGUGA